GCACAUUCCACGCUGUUUGCAGGUUUUCUUCUCCUCGAGACGCCAGGUGAGUAAAGUAAAAUCAUCGUCAGUAAAAACUGGUAAUUAUUAUUUUGUUCUUUCUGUCCAUAUUUUCCUUUACAUGUUGUGUCGUUGGAGUCAUUCGCUUAAUGCUUCGGUUUAAUUCCUGAAUGUAUUGUGAUGUCAAGCAAAAAACAAGCGUUCUCGAAAGCAAGAUUUGAUACUGGGUCGCCUUUAAAGUUUUUAAAUAACUCGAUCAUUCCUUUUUCAGGAGGCAAGUUGAUGUUCUGAAGUCAGAGGUCUGUGGUCAUCGACAGAUCGAGGACAGGCGACUGCAGUUCGACGACAAUUCCUCAGUAGCAACAACAAGUCGAGAUACGAAAUAAGGUAAUUGAUCUAAAGGCGGAAGUUGCAAUGUAGGCUAUCGAAAAAUGCGGGUGAGGGCAAAACAUGAACCAGGGGUCCAUGGACCCCCACUUUGGACCAGGUCCAUGGACCACCUUCAUGGCCCGGCUCCAUGGACACUUUGUCAUUGAGACAAAUGACUGGCACAAGGAAAUAGAGGAAUUGGGUUUAAGUAUGUUUCCGUUUUCAGCAUGUUCAGUUUUCAGCUUUGAAAAUUAUUUAUAAGUCAGUCAAAACAAAAGGGGUGUCUUUUAUCGGUGUUUGACAUUUGCAGACUGCAGACUGCAGACCGCAGACUGCAGACUGCAGACUGCAGACUGCAGAUCGCAGACUGCAGACCGCAGACCGCAGACUGCAGACCACAGAUUGCAGAUAGUAAAUUAAAAGACACCAAAAAUCUUCCUAAUAAAGGUGACACCAUCAAAAAUAUAACAUCGUGUGAAAGAGAGAAAGUAGCCUGGGAACAAAGAUUGAAAAACCUGCACAGCGUAGUACUUAAUGUUAAUUUAUUGUAAAACUCACACUGUUAUUAUAAGAAUCUUAACCGACGUUUUGGCAAUGCUGCCUUCUUCAGGGUAUACAAGGUUGAGCAAUAAUUGGCCUGUUAAAAAAGCCAUUGUUGAUUUGCCUAUUUAGAAAUUCAAAAUGCACCUCCGGUAAUAUUAAUUUGUCGAGUCCUGGUAGGAUCUGUUUGGUUUAGAUUAUUUGGCAUAUCCUUAAAUACUGCUAAGAUGAAAUACGUCAUUUAAAAGGUGUUAAAUGUCCGUGAUCUAUCCUACUUGUUUUUGUCGACGUAACUGUAGUGAGCACGAAGAGCUCGCAAUCUAAACACUUUUUUGACAGAAGACUACUAUUUAGACAGGCAUUAGUGGGCAUUGCCACUUGUCAUUAUCAAACUCACAAUAAUCAAAGAAGAAUAAAGAAUCAACGCGAUUAGUGAUAUGCCGGGUGAGUCAAUAAAGAGUCGCAUCAGUGAAGAAUAGCCAACAGCAUCUUUGAAAUGAGGCCAAUGCAACUUUGCGCAAAAAUAUCAACCCUGUUCCAGGCUACUUUCAGCUCCUGCUUUCACCAUCCGCUCCUGCUUUCACAAGAUGUUAUAUUUUUGAUGGUGUCACCUUUAUUAGGAAGAUUUUUGGUGUCUUUUAAUUUACAAUCUGCAGUCUGUGGUCUGCAGUCUGCGGUCUGCAGUCUGCGGUCUGCAGUCUGCAAAUGUCAUACACCGUUCUUUUAUAAAACAUAUGCAACCCUUAAUUUAAGAGUGAGGAUCUCUUAUAUCAUUGCAAUUAAUUUUGUUAUAAAUGUUCUGUUGAUAUUGCUUCUGUUUUUUAAAAUGGAAAAUAGUGCCUAAGAAGAAAAAAGUAGUCAUUAAAAUCAAAGCAUUGUUUUGUUUGUUGAUUAUAAAUAUACCGUGUAAUUCAAGCCAAGUCAAUUUGUAUCAGUUUAAUUUGUUUUAAUCCGGGCAGAGGUACAUAUCAGAUGUUUGGAAGCCCAAAGUCCAUGCAGGGAAUUGCUAGAGCACAUGCAGUCAUUUGAUAUAUAUCUCUCAUUUUCAAAUCUGUCUUUUGAUGCUGUAUCACCGUGCUGCUCUAGAAAUACCGUAUUUAUUCGAAUAAGCGCCCAACUUCGAACUAGCGCCCACCUCGAAUAGGCGCCCAUCCUAAAGGCAGAAAAAGUUAAUAGGCGCCCAGCCUCGAAUAAGCGCCCACCCCCACCCCACCCCACCUCCCUCCCAAACUCAAAUAAGCACCCACUCCCUUCCCGCUACCACCCCCAAAAAGGAAUAAGUACUAAUAAGAGACUUCCCCGAAGACAGAGUUUUCUUCAGACUGUUUGCCAGAAACCUUGCUUUGUUACAUCUUCGCACUUUGGUAACCAUUUACUAUUUUUUUUUCAAAAUAUACAUACUACACUUGUUGAAAAUGGUGAAAACUUAAUAAGAGCCCAGCCCCAAAUAAGCGCCCACCUCGAAUAAGCGUCCACUCUCAAGGUCCAAAAAUUUAAUAAGCGCCCCGAGGGCGGUUAAUCGAAUAAAUACGGUACCUUGCAUAUGGCCCUUGGGCUUCCAAACUCCUCAUUUGUUUCCUGUGGACUUAAUAAUAAGGUAUGCCAUAUUGACAUCCUAGAGUUUCAUCACCCAAAUAGUCCACAAUCGUACCAUCGUGAACCAUUGCCUUGUAAGUUUCUUUCAAAAGAAAAUAUAUAAUAUACUGAGAUUUAGGACAGGCAUUGAGUACAAAGCUGCCUCUCCUAGGGCGAAGUUUCCUUAAAAACCCUGAUGAACGGGAAAAUUUUUUAACAAGAAUAUACAAUGAGAAAAAAGGAUAGUUGGGUUUUCAUUUAGUUUAAUCUGUUAUUUUAUUGACACAUGGGGAAAUUUCUACAUAUUGCAGGAGUUAUUUAAAUCUUAAUUAGCCUGAGAAAACAGCUGACAUUUGGUGACGCUACCACUGGUUUCCCCGCCAAAUGAUGUCUGAGAAACGAGCGCAGAAAUUCCAUACUGAUGACGCGUCACUACCCAGAUCUGGGUAGUGCCUCUGAUUGGUUGAAUCAAAUUUCCCAUGCAGCACGACCAGUCAGAAGCACUACCCAGAUCUGGGUAGUGACGUGUCUUAAGUAUGGAAUUUCUGCGCUCGUUUCUCUGGCGUCCUUUCGUGGGGAAACCAGUGGUAGCAUCGCCAAAUGUGGGCUGUUUUCUCAGGCUAUUUCUUAAUUGCGCUAAAGAAUUAAAAAGUGAUGGGGUCAUGAUUCAGAACGAAAGUCCAUUUAAUUGUGCUACAAGAAAACAGCAAAAAUAAGUAAUCUCUGGGUUGAAAGCAUAAUUGUGCCAGCAGUCUGUACUUCAAAGGAUGGCAAAAUGUGCAAGCAGAGUGUACGUCGUAUAAGCACAAUUACUGUAAAUGCUCAAAUUGACGCCCCGGGCGCUUAUUUAAUUUGCUUAUUUGAAGGGGGCGCUUAUUUCGAUUAUCAAUUUUUCGCCUCAAAAUGACACCAUCUUUUCUCUCUAACAUAUAUAUUAGGCGAUAUUUCUAUCAAGGAAACGAGAAGCAAACCCGUACGACUUUGAAGAACAUUUAAAUUUUCAACUAUUACAAAUGUCAUAUUCAUUAAAAGUACCGUAUACGUCUCGUAUAUCGUGCCGAGUACUGAACCUCGUUUUUUCUCGGGGGAGGGGUGGGGGGCGCUUAUUUGAAAGGGGCGCCGAUUCCAAAUUUUAAGCCUUAGGAGGGGUGCUAAUUCCAAGCGGGGCGCUUAUUUGAAUUUGGGGACUAAUUCGAGCAUUAAUGGUAAAUAUUACUGAUCAAUCGGGCAUUUUAGUUGUUGUUGAUGUUUUGUUUUUAAUCUUAUUUUUGCACUAUUUUUGUUUUUGUUCAUUUCUCAUUAUGUUGAAUAAAGAGUGUCCAUGGACCCGGUCCAAAACUUUUCCACAAAAAUAAAAAAGUGUCCAUGGACGCGGCUCAUGACAGGGCGUCCAUGGACCCGGUCCAUGAAAGUGGUCAAUGGACCCAGUCCAAAGUGGGGGUCUGUUUUUAUUGAUUAUAAGCGUGGCUCUUCUUUCCAUGCAGGUUUUUGAAAUAACCAAACUGGCGGCUACAUAUAUCAUCACAGCUUUCAAAAAACAAUCUAUCAAAGACAAAGGGAAAAUAUUUGUGGAUCUACUGAUUUUAACUUCAAAGUUACACAUCAUAAUCGUGAUUUCGAACAUGGGCGGAUAUCAACUCUCCAGUAAUGAUCUAAAGAGUGUACCGUCCAAGUACAUUUGCAAGCAGUGUGGCUUUGUACUACGCGAACCUAUGCAAACGCCAUGUGCUCACUUUUACUGCAGAUCCUGUUUAGAAGACCUCAAAAGGUAAUUACUUUUUGUUUGCGUAAAGGUAUAUCAAAUAAGUGGGUAAGCGGAACAUAAAUAAAGAAACAGAGAGAUAAAUAAAUAAUAAAAACGUCAAUUAACAGAAAAAAGCUAUUUGAAUUGAACUUGAAGCUCACCGGGGAACUGAGUGAACAAAGAUGAAGACAGAAGUAGGGAGAGUAGGGUUGGUGAAGCAGGGCCUGACCGACGCGCUCUCUUGUCCGCCAUCGGAUAGUUCAUCCGUAAAUCUCGUGAAACCAAAACUAUAUCCUCUUGCGUGAGCUUUCAAGAUCAAAAGGCCUGUUUACAUGGAGGUGAGAGACCCCAGAUAGGUGAGGUAACAUGUGGCGGGUCACCCCACCGAUCAUGUAAACGUGAUCAAAUUAAAAUGAGAGAUUAUAUGGACAGGCAGGUUACUCCACCCAAGCGGGUUACCUCACCUAACUGGGGUCCCCCACCUCUAUGUAAACAGGCCCUAAUUCCACGCUAAAUACCUUCGCUUUGUUUAAACAAUCAUCACAAUGCGAGUUUACAUUCUACUUAGGCAAUUCCGCUGAACAUUGUGUAUCCGAACGGAGAAGUAGAAGUAUAUAAACCACUACCGUAUCUUAGUGUCCUGCUUGAAACUAUAUAUGAAUGAAUAAAUUUCUUGCCAAAAAUUUCGGACGUUUAAUUUUCGGACAUAUUAUCUCUUGAUGUUUGACGAAUUUCGGAAAUCUUUGCAGUUUUGCUGAUUUAUUACUAUGAAUUAAUAUGCAAGAAUUAUCACUGAAAAAUAUCGGUGUUUAGAUAUCAGACUUUUUGUCAACGGGAAAAUAAUUUAGGGCCUACAAAACAUCAAUUAAAAUGAAGCAAAAACUGUGAAAAAAAAUAUGACAAGCGCUAUCAACGUUUUACAGAUACAGUCAAUCAACCCCUUAUACCCCGGAGUGCUGGUGGCUUUAAUAAAAGAAACAAAAAUUUUCUUUGUAGAGAUAAAAAAGAAUAAACAACAUAAUUUAUAGUUUUAUACAACGGUGUCGCCCAAGAAAGUGCUUUGAUUUUUCUUUUAAACCGUCUAUAGUUUUUGAACGGUCAAAAUUACAGACGCUUGAAAAAUUCGGAUGGUUUAAUUUUUGGAGGUGACCAGUACCGCCCUUCUGCGGAAAACGUCGGAACAAUUUUCGCAAGAAAUGUUAUUGCGCCAGCGAGUACUCCUUUGACCUAGCUACCCCUGUUAUCGCUCGAAUUUUUCUGCCCCAUUCAUUUUUCAGCGGGGACAAGACUUAUAAAUGUAAAGAUGACAGUGAAGAGUUUCCCCUUUCUGAGGUAAGAUACUGAAUUGUCUGUGAUCAGUUACCAGGCAAUUUUUACAUUUCAUACCUCCUUGUAAACGUUUUUUUUUUUUCUUAAUUUGAAUUUUGGCAGUGCAAGCCUAUCAGGAGUUCAUAAUGUAGGCUACAUAUAUUUCCAUUGAUAGAUAUUCAAUUUCGCGACUUUAAAGAACAGAUAAAGUUGUUUAGUUUCAUUUUGAUCACGAGCCAGUACCGGCAAUAUCAGAAAAUAGGUGCAGUUGAGCGAAUCAUCUUUAUCUCGUCAUGGGAUUGCCGUUCCACUGAUAAAUCUUUACCGUCUCUUUGGAAAGGGCAGGUUUACAAUCGAGUUUUUUUAGCGCGUACUCCGCUAGAUAAAGUUUUACUCAGUAUAUAGUGUUAUCCACCUUUUUAACAAGUUUGGGGCAUGUUUGUCCGAUAGUAGCCAAUAAGAAUGGCAUUGAUAACGAUGACGAUGAUAAUGAUUCCUGAGAUGAUGAUGAUGAUGAUGACGUUGUGUAGACCGUGGUGAUGUCAAUUAACGCACAAGCGACGAAAAAGAAAAAAAAAUCAUCAGAUUAAGAUACCAAAUUGAUUUUUGAUUUUGUAGGUGUUUCAUGAUCGUUGGGUCAGAAACGAAAUCCGGGACCUAAUCGUCCACUGCUUAUAUGAGGACUGCGGUUGUGAUUGGGAAGGGAAAAUAACCGCUCUGGAGGUGAGUGACGGAUUAGCAGUUUGGAGAUGAAAAUCUCUUUUCUGGAAAACCAGCUGUGAUUUGAUACCCACCUCCUCUAUUGGGAAAGUUGACCUUUCAACUCUUGUAAAUAUUUAGAUGUUUUUUUUAGGCUUUGUAACAAAUUUUGUAAAUAAUUAUAUAAUCUACACGCAAUUUUAAAUUUUUAUGUUUUAGUCAUUUGUAUCUGGUAUUUAACUUAUUAUUUUACAGUGUCCUCCAUUAGCAUUUAGCUAAAAACAUAGAAACUUAAAGGUUUCACCUGAUUCAUUUAUUCAUUCAUUCCUCCUUUUUUGAUACCUGAAGGCAGUUUACGAAUUAAGCUACUUCUCGUCACAGAGGACGUUUCGUAAGAGAAACGAAAAUAGUUACUCAAGAAGUUUUCUAAGGAAAGAACUGGAACCAUCCGCCAUCUUCGAUCCACCAUAUUGAAUUUAUUAAAUUUCGGUUACGUUCAUUUUUAACCCGUCCCGUAUAAAUCGAGGUAAUUGAAAACUUUGCAACUUUAUCUGCCAUUCAGUAAUUCUGAAUUCAUGUUUUUUUUCGCAACCUUGAGUGCUAGAUUACAUUAAAAGUUAUCCUGAAUUUGGUAAAAUAAAUGCUAAAUUAAGUGUAAUAUAAUGAUUGAAUAAGAGAAAAACAGGAAUAAUCCUUUAAAAAAAAAAUCGAAAAUCACGGAUGUCAAGACUCGGUUACCAUGGUAACGUCAAUGUUGAUGUACACCUCACUAUGAUUUGGCGGUCAUAGAUUGAACGGUUUUGAGGUUAUUCAACCUUAAAGCUAGGGGAGCCUCAAAAGCGCCCUCCCGUGUGGAUAGGGUUUAUCCACCCCUGACGACAAACUUAACAAAGAACGUUUGAGGCUCGAAAUUGUACCACUAUAUAACUAUACAAUUCUUAACCUUUUUUUUUUUUCAUUAAAUCACUUAGGACCACUCUUCCCGUUGUGACUUUGUAGAGAUACCGUGUUUGUUUGAAAAAUGUCAAACAAAAGUACUAAAGUCAAGGUUAGCUGAACAUCUGGAAAACGAAUGUAGCCAAAGGAGUGUGAAGUGUGAGCACUGCAAACAAGAAAUGCAUUUUGCUGAACUGGAGGUAAAAACUUUUGACACAUUAGAUAGACAGUGGAAUACUUUCUGAUUACUCCAUGAGAUAUGAAGGAAAUCGAAUGGCAUCCCUCGAUACAAUCAGAGAUCAGGAACGGAAGAACUUGUGGUGAGAUGUUUUUGAUGUAUGAAAUGCAGAAGAAACUUUCAAUGAUUACCACCAUUUCAACGUGGUCUACAUCCGAGCAAACCGAAGGUCUAGCCGUCUGCCCGCGAAAGGCAGCACCUUAAUAAUUAGUUUAAGACUCUUCGUCAGUUAGUUAGGCCCCGGGUGUUGAAACCGCGAUAUUCCGAUUUGCAAGCCAGCACUCUACCGAACUUACGAGAUUUGCCGCGAAAGUGAAUUUGUCAUGCUUUUUUUUUUUUUCUCCUUUUACAAUAUCCCUCGCAGAAAGACAGUAAUUCAAUUUAAAUCUGUCAUCUGUGGCAAUUAACCGAAACAAGAUCCGUUUUAACUUCAUGUUUACGAUUUAUUUGCUUGUGUGAUUUUGACAGGAUCAUGUUGCCAAUGAUUGCCAGUCGUUUGCCAUUGACUGCACUCUGUGCGACAAGAAAGGCAUUCUUCGAGGGAAGCUAAAAGAUCAUCAGGAUGCAGAAUUUGGAGACUGCGAAGGCACCAAAGCAGUCUGCCCUUUUGGAAUACUCGGCUGUGAAACAAGAGAGGUAAUGGGCGAGUAUUGUAGUGUGUUCAGUAUCUUAUUUUUUUCUUCAAAGCUGAGGCUGAUUAUGAAGCUUUUAUUUCGAAUGUAACAACUACACUGUAUGUCCAGUGAAGUGAAUAACUCGAUAUAUUUAUGUUGCGUUUGCCUGUCAGCAAUAAUGGAGGGUUCUACCUCGAGGUAGGAUUUCGGUUAUACAUAUGUAAAAUCGGAAAGUUCUCUACCACUCAGUUUCAGUAAUCAAGAUCAAUUUAAUGUGCUCUGACUACUUUCUAUACGGGAUUAUUCUGAGUUCCUUUGAUUUCUGUUUUAAUUUUCUGUUGUCUUUGUUUCUGUUGUCUAAGCGCGGAUACUAGAAGUCACUGUGUGACCACCUGUUAUUGUAAAUAAUCUACCUGUAUUUUUUCAGUAAACUAGCAAAUUUACCGUGGCUGUGCUUUCUGGCUCUUUUGCAGGAGUUAAGACGAACUGAAAGGAGACGCCACGAACAAACCUUGGUGUCAUAUCACCUUGCACUUCUGUUUCGCUUUGUACUUACAUUAAGAGACCAAGUUGGCAGCUAUGUUAACGAGGUAAGUCCUUUAAGGGAAGGCGUCACAGUCGUAGAUAGACUGAAGUCAACAGUCGGUCAGCUUCUGUCCCAAGUUACAUUAGUGGUUCGUGAAAAUGGGAAUAUCCAAGAGGAAGUAGAUAACUUGAGGACGCAACUGGCGCGAGUGGAAGAAAACCUAGUGGAGCCGGAUUCUGCUGCUAGUGGACCGGGUCACUCCUUGCAAGUGCAGUAUCAGCAAAUAACUGCAAUGCUAGCUGAUUUUAAGCGUCAGCUAAGUAACAUGGAAGCAAAGUUUGAAAACCACGAACUGCUACUCUCUGAAGCAAACCGCUACAUUGAAGAGCAAAACCAAGAGAUUGCUAGGUUAAAGCGACAGGAGGAAAUUGACAGAGAGCAAUUGAACCGGUUGCAGGCCAAAGUGAUAUCUAUGGAGGAGAGCUUGAAGAGGAGGAAUACAUCGCCGGAAGCUGGUAUUCAAAGUUCCCCGAGAGAUCAAGAACCAAAUAGCUUUGACGGCAUUCUUCUUUGGAGGAUAAAUAAUGUCUCAGCGAAAAUGUAUGAUUCAUUUAACGAACCCGAAAAGUCCUUUUACAGCCCGCCUUUCUACUCAAGUCGUCAUGGAUACAAAAUGUGCGCACGUAUUUACCUGAAUGGUGACGGGAUGGGAAAGGGAACACACAUUUCGCUGUUUUUCGUGCUCAUGCGUAAUGAGUAUGAUCCGUUACUUCGCUGGCCGUUCAGACAAAAGGUUACCUUUAUGUUGUUGGAUCAGAACAAUGUGGAGCACGUGAUUGAUGCCUUUAGGCCGGAUCCAAACAGUUCGUCCUUCCAAAAACCGAGGAGGGAGACGAACAUCGCUAGCGGAUGCCCCCUUUUCCUUCCGCUCGCAGAUUUAAAUAACCACGCUUAUAUCAAGGAUGACACGAUGUUUAUAAAGGUCAUCGUCGACUGCUCCGACUUGUAGAAGAAAGGAAAAAGAACUGAGCAUGAUAAUCAGUUAGUGUGCUAAGAAAUCAAAUAGUUUAGUUGAUGAGCGUCCAACAAUUCCUUCGCAAUUUAACAAGACUCGUUUCUUGCUAAAUUGUCUAUUAUUGUCUACAUUAUCCACAGGCGGCCCAGACGUAGUAUGUGUCACUGAAUGAAUAUAUUAAUAUUCACAUGG